AUGAGUUACCUAGAUGAUGUGCCAUUCAGAUUAUAUGAUGGAUUCACACCUUUCUCUUCUUCCAAUGAUGGGACCCCUAGCCUCUCAGAUAUCAAUGUCCCAGACUGCAGUGGGAUAUUGAUGUGUACUGUGCACGAUUUCUCUAUAGAGAGGAAGGUCCUCGAUUGGGUAGAAGGAAUGUAUGGUCACAACACCUCAACUUCUGAUAAUAGGCCUACAGCUCCUCCAUACUGGAUGGUGCAUGAUGGAAAGGGGGUUCCUAAGAGCAGACGUAACAGUCCCCAGAGACCUUCUGUGUCUACGCGGAGAUGUAGAAGCCUAAGCAUAGCAGAUGUCCACAUAAGCCGCCCACGAAGCAUGCGGGGAGCACCAGAGAGCAUGGAAAAGAAUGAAAGAAUGUUUGAGGAAGAUGGGUACUCUGAGGAUGAUGAAUAUUCUUCAUCAGGGGAAAGCGAGAUAGAGGCUCGACAUAAGGAAGUCAGGGCACGUUUGUGUAGAAGCCCUCAGCCACAAUGGUCUUCUAGGCCCCGUACGUCUCCCUUUGUGCCCAGCCCUCCAUCCAUAUGCCGCUGCUCUCAUGCUGAAUCCCCACCAUCCCACAUUAAAAAGAGGAAGUCCCUUACCCCUUCACAUAGUUUUAGGAGUGAGGUGGAAACAGCAAGCAAGAGAAUUGCAGCCCUGGUACAUCCUCACACGGCAAGCUCUGAAGGCAGAGGCUCUUCACAAGGCCAGCACCAAAGAAGCAACUGCUGUGGAAACACUCUGAGUCCUACACUGCCCCCAGCUUCACAUUGUUGUUGUCCAAAGAGACCGCACAGUGCUGGAUCCAUUCCACCAAUACGCUGUCAUAAGCCCACCAACACGUCUUUGAACCCAUACUCCUGCCUUCCACCUACAAGACGAAGUCACUCAGACUCCUCAGGGGAUGUCCUUCAAGCUCUUAGUCAAGAGGAGCGUGAUGUCAUCGAGGCUGUAACUUCCAUGGGAUACCCUAUUCGCAGAGCUAUCAUUGCACUUCAAAAAAUGGGAGGACAAAGCCUAGAACAGGUCCUGGGUUAUCUCGGAGCUACGGAUCGACUUUGCAAACUUGGAUAUGAGGAGCCGCUAGUGGAAGAGGCCAUGGAGAUGUUCCAGAACUCUGAGAUAAAGGCUGCUGAAUACCUCCGCCUCCUACUUCAGUUCAAUGACAUGGGAUUUCAGCAAGAAGACAUCAAAGAAGUUCUCUUAGUUUACGACAAUCACAGAGAUCGAUCCCUAGAGGAACUCAUGAUGAGAGCACAGUGA